CUCUCUCAUUUCUUUUUGGAGAUUUAUAUAUAGAUAGAUAGAUACUGACGGCUAUCUGACUUUCUCGGACCUUGUUUGGUUCCUCAGGAAAUUGAAAGAAAAAGAAUUGGCGAGAGAGCUGAUAAUAAUUUUGAUUUUUCAGGUCGAAUUUGUUGCUUUUGCUGUUGAAGCUUAAGUUUUUGUUAGCAUAAAAUGCCCAGGGAUUUGUCGCGGUCGCCUUCAUAUAGGCGAAGGCGUUCGCCGUCGCUUGUGGGGAGUAGGUAUAACAGGAAGAAGAGUCGAAGGGAGAGGAGCCGUUCUCCGUAUUCGUAUAGCAGCUUCUUCGUGUGAUAAAAGAUGGAGCACAUGAUGGUGUACGAGGUAACUGUAUAUGCUUCUAUGUUUAUUGUGCUAGAUGGUGGGGGGAUCCAAAACUGCUUUGCACAUUGUUGAUGUGCAUACUAACAUUUUUUACGUCUAAUCAUGUUUCUGUAUCAUACAGAAGGAGAAGUCGCUCUAUUUCUCCUCGCCGGCACAAAAGCCGUUCUUCAACCCCGAGACGCCGUAAAAGUCGUUCUCCAACUCCAAGGCGUUAUAAGAGGCAAAGAAGCAGUAGUUCCUCAAUGUCUCCUACUCAUAAAUCUUCUAGUCCAAGUCUUGGGUCAGUGGAGCGCAAAAUUGUUAGUGAAAAAAUGAGAAAAGAAGAAGAAGAAGAGAAGAAGAGGCGCCAGCAGGAAGCAGAACUAAAACUGAUAGAAGAAGAGACAGCAAAGAGGGUGGAAGAAGCUAUUCAGAGGAAAGUUGAAAAGAGCUUGAACUCUGAGGAGAUCAAGGUGGAGAUACAGAGGCGUUUAGAAGAGGGGCGGAAAAGACUUAUUGAUGAAGUUGCCGAUCAACUUGAGAAAGAAAAAGAAGCUUCUCUAAUAGAGGCUAGGCAAAAGGAGGAACAAGCUCGGAAAGAGAAAGAAGAGCUGGAGAGGAUGCUUGAAGAGAAUCGGAGAAGGAUUGAAGAAAGUCAAAGAAAGGAGGCCUUGGAGCAGCAACGGAGAGAGGAGGAACGGUAUCGAGAACUAGAAGAGCUCCAAAGACAAAAGGAAGAAGCAAUGAGGAGGAAGAAGCAACAAGAGGAGGAAGAACGUGUAAAGCAGAUGAAAUUGUUGGGUAAGAACAAGUCUAGGCCCAAGUUGUCAUUUGCACUUGGCUCGAAGUGAAAACACUUGAAGAAGCUGAUUUCAGUUUCUAUAAAUGUAUGUGAUAAAGGCUCUAUUAAUGUUAGCAUUUGUGAUUCGAGGGAUGUUGCAAUGUUUAGUAGUUUUUGGUGUCGGCUCCUCAUUCCGAGAUUGCCAUUAGCAAGUUUAUUUUUCUUAGAUCCGUUUCAUUGCCGUAGCCCGCCGGUAAGGACGGUCCUCGACCGAUUUGAUAGCGGAGCAAGCCCGGGGCAUGUUCUUUGAUGGCUGUGAGAGACAAGCUCAGAGCUUCUUAUUUAGUUUGUUUUUGGUAGCGAAAACAGAGUGUGAAGAGCUCAACUCUUGUCUGUAUAUCUCAACAGUGAGUUUUUUUAAUCUACGUUAAGAGAGAUUGACGUGUA